AUGGCAGAGACAAUAGAAGCAGAGCAUGUGUUUAUUGAGCAAACUUUUGUAUUUCCUGCAACAAAAAGAACAACAACAACUUCUCUUCCUCUAACAUUUCUCGACUUGCCUUUUGCAGGUCCUAAAUAUGUUGAACGCCAGUUCUUUUACAAAUUUCCUCAUCCCACCAAUCAUUUUCACCAAACAACACUUCCAUCUAUAAAACACUCUCUUUCCCUUACACUUCAAUAUUUCUUCCCCCUUGUUGGAAAUCUCCAUUGUCCACCACCACCCCAUAAACCUUUUAUUCUAUGCACCCAAAAUGAUGCUUUAACUUUGACUGUCAUUGAAUCCUCGGCAGAUUUCAACAAUCUUUCAUCCAAUCACCAUCCAAAAAGUGUCACAGAUUUUAAUCACCUUGUUCCAAAAUUAACACAAAAAAUAGACCUUGAUGAUAAUGACACAUUAAUAUUUUCAUUGAUGGCAUUGCAAGUAUCUUUUUUUCCUAACCAUGGUAUUUGCAUUGCCAUCUCAUAUUGCCAUGUGAUGGAUGAUUACUUUUGCAACUAUUUCAUGAAAUCUUGGUCUUUUAUCCAUAAAAAAUGUGAACUAGUUGACAUGAAAUCACUACCUUGUUUUGACAGACAAAUAUUGAAAGACCCAAAAGGACUUGAAAAUAUUCUAUUAAAAGGCUAUUUUGAACAAAGGAAAACAUGGAAGAAUAGAUUCCUUCUUCCAAGUCAAACUAUAGAAGAAGAACACCAAGACUAUGUUAAGACAACUAUUAUUUUUACAAAAGAAGAAAUUGAGGGGAUGAAAAGAUGGAUACUUAAGAAGUGGAAGACAAAUUAUCAUGAAAUCGAAGCACCAAAAUUUCUAUCUUCAUUUGUGGUAACAUGCGCUUUUGUUUGGGCCACUAUGGUUAAAACAAUAAAUAGAAAUAACAAUGAUGACGAUGAAAAAGAUGAGUAUUUUUGCUUCGUAGGUGAUUGUAGAGAGAGACUAGGGUAUCAAAUACCUGAUGGUUAUUUUGGGAAUUGUUUAACGUUAUGUUUUGCAAUUGUGAAGAGAAAGGACGUGAAAGGAAAAUAUGGUUUUGUGAAUACUGUUAAAGCCAUUCAAGAUGCAAUAACAAAGAUGAAAAAUGAUCCAUUGGAAGAUGCAGAAAAAUGGGACGCUAUGUUUAAAAAAGUUUUUAUGUCUGGAAAUCAUUUAUUGGUAAGUGGAUCCCCUAAGUUUAAUGUUUAUGAGACCGAUUUUGAAUUUGGGAAUCCAAUAAAAGUUGAGAUGAUGAUGCAUUCAUCGAAAGAUAUAUCUCUUGCUGAAAGUGGAGACAAAAAAGGAGGACUUGAAGUUGGGUUGAUAUCUAAGGCAGAGGAAUUAGAACAUUUAUAUUCUUUAAUUGAACAAGGGAUUGAUGCUUUGAAACUUUAA